CUAUAGCUAGCUUGUCUAAAAGGUUGCGAUUGCGCAAUUUAUUCAGCGGCAAAUACAAUUUGACUUCGAAGUUUGAUUUGAUAUGAGGAAAACCAUCGCUAAUUAAGCGUAUUUGAAGAGAGCAUCUGGUAUGGAAUAUUCAACAUUGAGACAGCAUGACGAGUGAUGACACACACCCAUCUUCAUGUUCAACAAAGAAGAUCAAGACUCUUUUGAAACGUUACACAGAAUAUCAAGUCGCACAACAAGAGUUGUUCAAAGAAAUAGAAAAGGAGGCGAUCAGUCUCAUAGAGUCCAACGAAAAACUGAAAUCAACAGCAAAUGAAAAUGCAAGAUUUGUUACGCAGACUCAGAAGCGCUACAGAGAAUGUAAGCAGGAGAAUCAAGAUUUAAAACUACAACUAGCCACCAUCAAGUCCAACAGGCAACAUGAGAUACAAAGCCCACAGUCUGACAAUGCAAGCUCCAAACCAAAGGGAAAAGAAGAUGUUUCCAGCGAUGAACAACCUGAGAAACUUGAGAGAAAGUGCAGCAAACUGUCCUCAAACAAACAAAAGAAGAAGGUUCGUUAUCAGGAGCUGCCUCAGGAGGAGAAAAAGAGUCCUGUUCUAUCAACCCUCUUACCAAGCAGAGGUGGAAGAGAGAACCAAGACCCCAAGAUGCAGCCUAUGAUUCUGGUGGAGGAGGGAGGACUGUACACCAUGAAAGAUCAAAAGGUCAAGGGUCAUUCAUCAACAAGGGAAUCCCAAGACGGGCCACCUGGUCAAGGGAUCAGCAGUGUGUUUGUGCCGGAAACAAUCCCUCUAGAUUUGGAUAGUGACAAUGAUGAUGAUGGUGAUGAUACAGACGAAGAGGAAGGACACCACAUGGAGCGUGUCCGCAGUGGGCUUAGUAGAGGUAACAGAGCAAAUAGAAUGGUCAGGAAGAACUCAAAGCAAAGGAGACAGAGGAAUGCCAAAGACCAAUAUGUGGUUGUCCCUGAGACUGUACCAAUGGACUCUAUUCCAUACUCUCAUGAUUCUCUACUAGAAGAGUCAGACCUAUUGAUAAGUGAUGCAGGGGGACAUUUCAUUCCUUUGGAACAGUCCACUCCUAUGCUCCCAGUCCCACCAUCAAGUGAUUCCUCAAGAAGAAAAGCAUUCCUCUCGACCGAUUCAGCAUCCCCCGUGUAUUCAGGUGGCAAGCGCAGUCAAAAAGGCGUGAUUCCGCCAACAGAAUCACAGCUGUCUGUUGACUUCUCUAUCACGCAGAUGUCCCCAACUUUUGCCAGAAGCAGGUCCACACCUGGUAGGCAGGAGAGUGCUGCCCAGUCCUCAUCUUCAAGGCAUAGAUCAGUAUCCCAUGCAGGAAAAGCAAUCGCAAGCCAUGAAACCCCAAACAGUAACAUUCCAGUAACUCCGGAAAACAUUCAUUCCAACAUUAAGAUUACAUCCUCUAGAUCAAAGACAUCUAAUCCUGUCUGGGACACCCCAGAUGACACUAAUCAGGUGAGGAAUAGUCGUGGAGUCACCCCUGACUAUGAUGAAAGUGGACAAUCGGAGGCCUCCUUCCUGAUUCUGCAACAACAUCCCAGCUCCAGAGGUCCUUCACAAGUGCGAUCUUCAGGAGGAUCAUCAAAAGAGGGAGCUGUCCACCCUGAGGUUCAAAAGAAAUUGCUCACAGAUAGUGAGGGUGAACGGAGGAAAAAAAGAAGAUUGUCAGAUGAAUUUAGAGAUGAAAUUGCAAGCAAGAAGACGAGGACAGUAAAACAAGACGAUAUUUCUUUUGUUAGCAGUCCGAGGGAUGAGAAUGAAUUGUGCAAUAGAGAUGGAAGACGGAAGGUAUCCAGAACCAAGAUGGAAGGUUCAGGAGAGAUUUUGGAAAGACAGUCAAGUGCAGCAGCAAAUGCUCAGAAAACUCAUCACAAUGACAAAAAUGUCAGAGCAACUGAGACGAGCUCACAUCUGCUUACCUGCGAUAAUCCCAAGUCAAUGAAACAGACCAGGUUGACCAAAGACUCCUUCAAAGCAGUCAUCAGCGAAGAUGGUCAGAGACUCAAGAACCUGAACGGCGGGGCUCGCGUCUACGUUGAUUCUCAGUACGAUCCCUACCUGCAGCAAGCCAUUCAGGAAUCCAUGGAAGUGCAGAAGGGACUGAACCAUGAUGAGAGAACGGGUAAUGGGGAUUUCAAGGUACCGAGACUGCCAAAGGCGCUGGACCGUGAACGAACAUCGAAAGGUUCAUCAUCAUCUACUUGUAGGAGACCUCAUCUUAAUGAUGAUGAUGAUGAUGUUGCAAUAAUGGAGGAGAACGAAUACACUUCUUUAGUUGAGGAAAGAGACGAUCCAGAGGACAAUGAUGGUGGAGAUUUGAAUGGAAGCAUCGAUCCAGCUGUUCGCUUCAGUUUUAUUGGCAAUGAAGACGAUGAAGACCACGGUGGUGAAGAAUGGAAGCCAAAUGAAGCGAAGAGAGCAGAUGCUAGUGGAAACGUUAGGACUUUCCUUGUGCUUCCUAAAGACUCUAGGACUGAUCAACGAAGAGGCAGUAAAUCAUCCAGGGCAAACUAUGAUGAACUGGAAGAAAAAAAGGAGGAAAGCAAACACAGACUCCUUGCGGAGGACAGCUUGGAUGACAUGUUUGAAGAUGACGAUCAUGACGAUGACAAUGAUGAAGAUAUUGGUGGUUGUCCGGGACCUGACAAAGACAGACAAGAUCAGGGAAUCGAAAUUGAGGAGGGUUAUGGUCUUAGGGAAGACCAAAUUCUUAAGACAUCUGUCCAUGGAAGGGCCAAGUUUGAAGAUGGCUCACUCCACGAUCCUGGUACUGAUCCUGCGGAAAGACGACCAGGAGAGAUAGAUGAAAUGGCUUCCUCCUUUGUGAGAGAAUUUGACUGUCUUCCUCAGAGAGACGAUGCUCCAAAUUACAAGUACACGGAUGUAGUGAGGAAGAGGGAUGAGAGACAGAGGCUCAAAGGAUUUGACUGCAAGGAAUGUGCCGGGUACUAUGAAGGACUUGGUCUUACCAGUGAAGAGAUAGCUCAGAGGACUAAGAACUGUUCCAGACAUCGAGGCCAUUUCGAACGACCCAACACCCCAGAGCACUUCUGGUCUAUAGGCUUUCCUGAUACUGAAACUUGUGUAGAAAGAGGUUAUCUCAAGGUGGCCCGGGAAGAAGAGAUGCCGAAGAAAACACGCAGGAAUAGAUACCUGACCAGACCUAUCCAUGGAAAGAACAAGCCAGCAGGAGAAGAAGAAGAAACUUGAUUCCAGGUUUAUAAUCAUUUCAAGCCCGACUGUACUGCUUAUAGCUACUUGCGCCAUAGCCACAUCUAUAAA